UCACUUCCGGAUUACUUCCGCGUUAACAAUUUCGAAGUCUGGUGGAUCAUUAGCGAUUAUUUCCGACGCCGAUUGCAUGGUUUAAAUUUAUUUUACUACAAAGGGAUAAAUGAAGCCGACCUGGUUGUCUCAUGAAGGACGAUAAUGGACAAAGUUGUGUCCAAAUUGACCGAAAAACGCCUCGUUUUCGCGGCGUCCUUCGUUCUGCGGCUGCUUCUGGUGGUUUAUGGACAGCAUCAGGAUGCGACCAUGGAAGUGAAAUACACUGAUAUCGAUUAUCAGGUGUUUACAGAUGCUGCGAGGUUCGUGACUGAGGGAGGCUCCCCAUACAAGCGGUCCACCUACCGCUACACUCCUCUUCUAGCCUGGCUUCUUACCCCAAACAUCUACCUGAACGUGGUGUUUGGGAAGAUUCUCUUCAUCGUAUGUGAUGUUGCGUCAGGUAUGAUCAUCUACGCCAUCCUCCGCCUCCGAGGUCUGAGCUGCCAGACUGCACAGUGUGUUUGUUCUUUGUGGCUUCUCAACCCGCUGCCGAUGGCCGUGUCGAGCCGAGGGAACGCAGAGUCCAUCCUGUCAGCUUUGGCACUGGGAACGUUGCUGUGUUUGGAAGCCAGACAUCUGAUUUGGGCGGCUGUUCUCUACGGUCUGUCCGUCCAUAUGAAGAUUUACCCCAUCGCCUACGUGCUGCCCAUCGCGCUGACCCUUCGCACGCCACAGACCACAGAUGAAGACGGGAAGAUGACGACAUGGAAGAAGUUUGUUGGUUUCAUUGAAAGUUUGAUCAACCACGAGCUGAUUGUCUUCGGAGGUGUUUCAGGAGGAGUGUUUUUGACCCUCACAGCACUCUUUUAUUACAUGUAUGGUUGGCAGUUUCUUUAUGAGACAUACUUCUACCAUCUGAGCAGAAGAGACAUCAGACACAACUUCUCGCCAUACUUCUAUAUGCUCUACCUGACUGCAGACAGCUGGUGGAGCUGGGGAAUGGGCCUGGCAGCGUUCUUGCCUCAGAUCAUCCUGCUGCUGGUGGCAUCCUGGAAUUUUCAUCGUGAUCUGACCUUCACGUGUUUCCUCAAUACAGCCAUCUUCGUGUCCUUCAACAAAGUCUGCACAUCACAGUACUUCCUUUGGUAUCUGUGCUUACUUCCUGUGGUCAUCCCAAACCUGCGUCUGUCUGUCAGAAGGGGGCUGCUCCUGCUGCUCCUAUGGUUUGUUGGACAGGGAAUUUGGUUGGUUCCAGCCUACUUCGUGGAGUUUGAAGGCUAUAAUAGCUUCUUCUUGAUCUGGUUGGCUGGACUGAUCUUCUUAGUUAUCAACUGCUUUGUCUUGAUUCAGAUUAUAACUCACUACAAACCAGCACAAGGACUGAAGGCUGAAUGACUUUGUUCUUCUGAAUGUGGAAAUAUUUUUCCAAACUUCAUGAAAAAAAAUGUAUGGAUCUUAAUCUAUGCAGAAUAAAAUUUAUAUUUUACUCA